AGAAGAAGAAGAAGAGAGCAGAGUAGUGUGAGAGCGAAAGGAGGAGGAGGAGAAACUGAAGAUCUCAACUCUGGUUAGGGUAUCUCUUCGAGUCGUAGCGUUUCAGGUUGGCUAAAAUCAUGGUUACUCUCACUAGCAACCACGAGCUGCAAUGCGUGAGGUGGGAUUGCAGAAGACAACCUGAGAGAGCUUUAGAAUACUGUGGCGAGAUCUGUCGAGAGAUGGCUAAUUCAGAUUCACAGUCUGAACUUCCGUUUUUUUUGGCAAACUCUUACUCAUCCGUUAAUGAGUUCUCACCUGUUGCUGCCAAGAUUCUCGACUUGCUCAGGGCUGAAAAGGAGAGCGGAGUUCCUCGCCUCCUCUCUGAAGAUGUGUUUCACAUCCCUCCUUGGCGCUCAGGUACGUUCGAGUUUGUGUUUUCUGGAAGGGAAGAUUUCUGCCAGUGGAUGUUCAUUGGAUCGCAUCAGAUUCCUUCUGUAGCUUCUGGCUUCAAUUGGAUUCAAGGACGCAGCAGGGUGAUUUCUGGAGUUAGGCAUUGCGUUCUUGAUCCUUCUCCCAGGGAAGACAGCAGAUGGAAACCCCACCGGUACUCAAGGCCAGAUGUGAUGGGAAAAGCAGUGUACGUGAUGCAUUGCUGCAGAAACUGACACACCAUUUAUCAGCAGCGGAGGAAGACGGGGAAACUGAUUGACUCAAGAGGCCGUUGUAGUCUAGUCUGGAAAUACAAGGUGAAGCUGGAGAGUGAUUCUUAAGAGAGUAUGUAACACGAUGCUUUUACUAUAUGGAAUCCGAAUAUUCUUAAAAGAGUAUGUUAGUAUAUGGUUAGAUUGUAAUUGUAUUGGAAUGAUGAAUGGAUUGCUUAAUUAGCUACUAGACUGAGAGUACUUUGGAUUGGAGUCACUUGAGAAAGCAAUAA